CUUAUGUGUCGAAGGUGAUCCCUCCUUGGCCAUUUAGCUGUUAUGUUUGGGUGGUGGGGAGUUGGGCUUCUGUGCGGCUUCCGUGCUCAGGGCCGGGCCCGGGGCUGGUUGCUGGCGAGUAGCGCCUGUAGGCACUGUUCGUCCGCCCGCGAGCAGCACGAUUCAGGGCCCCCGGAUCUGUACGAUGUGGUGAUCUCCGGCGGCGGGAUGGUCGGCACGGCGAUGGCCUGCGCUCUGGCUGAUGAUCCAAAUCUGUCUGAGAAAAGGAUCCUUCUACUGGAGGCUGCAAAUAAGAAAGCAGAUGGAAAGCUGCCAGAACUACACAGUAAUCGAGUGAGUGCCCUUACUCCAGGCUCUGCAGCUUUCUUGGACCGUCUUGGAGUUUGGGAUCAUAUUUGCAACAUGAGAUACAAGCCAUUCAAAAGGAUGCAGGUUUGGGACGAGUGCUCUGAUGCAAUGAUCACUUUCGAUAAAGUUGACCUGUCAGAGGACAUGGGCUUCAUUGUUGAGAACGAUGUGAUAUUAAUGGCUUUGUCAAAACAGCUGGCAGCCACUGCAGACAGAGUGCACGUGCUGUACAGGAGCAGAGCAGUGAAGUAUACCUGGCCUGAACCCCACCAGUUGCCCGGCAGCAAACCAUGGGUGCAGAUUGAGUUGGCUGAUGGGAGUAAAGUGGAGACCAAGUUACUGAUUGGGGCAGACGGCCCAAACUCAAUGGUACGGCAGUCUGCCAACAUUCAAACUGUACAGUGGAAGUACGAUCAGUCUGCUGUGGUUGCAACCCUCCACCUCGCUGAGCCCACGGACAACAAUGUGGCUUGGCAGCGAUUCCUGGUGACCGGACCAAUUGCAAUGCUCCCGCUCUCUGAUAACCUCAGCUCCUUGGUAUGGUCGACCUCUCACCAGCAUGCCACCGACUUGCUCAACGUGGAUGAAGAAACGUUUGUCGAUGCCAUCAAUUCAGCAUUUUGGAGUAAUGAGAAUCAUUCUGAAUUCGUUGCCACCGCCAACUCCAUGUGGAAAACGGCAUUUGCAUUCCUGAUGCCGUCGGGCACGUCAGCACGCCAGCUUCCACCAAGCGUGGCGCGCAUCGACCCAAAAAGCAGGGCUAUGUUUCCACUGGGGCUGGGCCAUGCCACCAAGUAUGUUGGACCGCGAGUUGCCCUGAUCGGUGACGCUGCCCACAAAGUUCACCCACUGGCAGGCCAGGGAGUCAACCUGGGCUUCGGGGAUGUGACCUCUCUCUCACAGCAUCUCAGUGAGGCAGCCUUCAAUGGCAAAGACCUGGGGUCCAUUGAACAUCUGAAUGCAUUUGAAACGGAGCGUCAGAGACAUAAUCUCCCUAUCAUGGCUGCAAUAGACAUGCUGAAGAGGCUGUACUCAACCAAAAGUACGCCCAUGGUCUUAUUGAGGAGUCUUGGCCUGCAGGCAACCAAUGCCCUCGCGCCUGUUAAGGACCAGAUCAUGGCGUUUGUCAGUAAAUGAAUUGUAUUCUGCAACUGCUGCAGGUCUCCUGUCUCCCAAGGAUACUGAGAAUGCUGGCGGCAAAAGCUUUUAAUUUCCUGCUGUUUGAUCUGUAGGACUGAAUUAUAAUAUUUUGUAAUUUAUUAAUAUUGAAUACAUGGUAAAUAUAAA